AUGAAGGCCUCUAUGUCUCGCCAGACCUACAGCACCAAAGGGGGCUUCAGCUCCUCCUCGGCCUCUGGCAGCCGUGGUCUGGGCGGCACUCGCACCCACACCAGCUUCAGCUCCACGACAGUGUCCAGAGGUGGCAGCAGGCUUGGGGGUGCUGCCUGUGGCGGCCCCAAGACCAGCUUUGGCAGCCACAGCCUCUACAAUCUGGGUGGUAGCAGGAGUGCCUGUGGCAGUGUGGUUCAGAGGGCCUCCCAAGGGAGGCCCUUUGGGGGAUUCGGUGCUGGGGCUGGUGGCUUUUUAGGUCUGGGCACCAUGAGGUCAAACUUUGGGUCCUCCUGUCCCCCGGGAGGCAUCCAGGAGGUGACUGUCAACCAAAGUCUGCUAACCCCCCUAAAUGUGGAGAUUGACCCUGAGAUCCAGAGGGUGAGGACGCAGGAGCGGGAGCAGAUCAAGACUCUCAAUAACAAGUUCGCCUCCUUCAUUGAUAAGGUACGGUUCUUGGAGCAGCAGAACAAGGUGUUGGAGACCAAGUGGGCCUUGCUUCAGGAGCAGAGCCAGAACACCAAGUUUCCUGAGGGUCUGGAGCCAAUACUUGAGUCACAGAUCAACAGUCUUGGGAGGCACCUGGAUAACCUCAAGAAUGAGAAGGGGAAGCUGGAAACGGAGCUGGGUAACGUGCAGGACCAGCUGCACAACUUUAAAGACAGAUAUGAAGAGGAAAUCCAUAAGCGAACAGAAGCUGAGAAUGAGUAUGUCAUCCUUAAGAAGGAUGUUGAUUCGGAGUACCUAGUUCAUGAGCGUCUCAAGGCUGACCUCGCAAACCUAAUUGAGGAGCUCAGAUUCCUUUCGGUUCUCUAUGAGGCGGAGCGAGAAGGGUCCCAAACUCAUGUUUCUGAUACCAAUGUUGUCCUGUCCAUGGAUAACAAUCGAUGCCUAGAUCUGGACAGCAUCAUUGCUGAGAUCAAGAACCAAUAUGAGGAGAUUGCCAGGAAGAGUCGAGCAGAGGCAGAGUCAUGGUACCAGACCAAGUAUGAGGAGCUCCAGGUGACAGCUGGGAAGCAUGGGGACCAUCUCCGAGACACCAAGAAUGAGAUUGCUGAGCUCACCCGCACCGUGCAGAGACUGCAGGGGGAGAUCGACUCAGUAAAGAAGCAGUGUCAGCAGCUGCAGACGGCUAUUGCUGAUGCGGAACAGCGUGGGGAGAUGGCCGUCAAAGAUGCUCAGAAGAAGUUGGGAGACCUGGAGAAGGCCCUCCACUAUACCAAGGAGGAGCUGACUAAGCUUCUGCGGGACUACCAGGAGCUGAUGAACAUCAAACUAGCCUUGGAUAUGGAGAUAGCUACCUACAAGAAGCUGCUGGAGAGUGAGGAGGGCAGAAUGUCUGGAGAGUGUCCCAAUGCUAUUAGCAUUUCGGUGACAGGCAGCUCUACCAGUAUGUGUGGCGGGGGCAGCCAAGUUGUCGGCAGUGGCAGCUUUGGGGGUGGCUUGUCCAUGGGCAGCAGUGGUGGAGGAGUGAAGGGGGGCUAUGGCUCUUCCUCUGGUUAUGUCAAGGGAGGGGCUAGCACUGGGGGAACCUCUAUCUUGAGGAAGACCACCACUACCACAGUCAAGUCGUCCAACCGGAGGUAUUAACCAUCUUGUGACAUGUCAAACUGAUGCCAGCCAUUCUGUUUCCUCGAAAGCUUUCUUUUUCCCACCUCCCAGCCCACCCUGAACCUUUCUUCCUUUCCCUCAUACCCACCCACUCAGACCUUCACAGAGCUCCCCAUUCAGGAGCCCCAAAUAACCAGGAAAGUCACAUUUGCCCAUGUUGGCAUAUUGUAUCAUUUACUUAUAGUGGCUUUCUAGUGUCUAAGUGCAGCUAAUGGAAGAGGCAUUGAGGCUAUCAGAAUGAGAAAGUUGAAUUGGGCUGCUUGGUAUAGUGGAAAGACCAUGGGAUUUGGAUUCAGAAGACUUGGGUUUGAAUCUUGGUUUUGCUGUGUGACCUUGGGUAGGAUGAUCAAGGUUCUCUGAGCUUCCUCAGUUUCCUGUUUUGUAAAAUGAAAGGGUUGGAUUGGAUGUUCUUGAAGUCCCUUCAAGCACUAGAUUCUAUGAUUAGUGGGAGAUUAAGUUUUGCUGAAUUCUCAAGGCAGUCUCAGUUUACCUCAGUCUCCCUGCCUGUUCAUGCUGGGUUUUUUGUUAUGCAUGGUCUGAUCAUAAAACUUCAGGUGUAAGGAGAGGGGGAAGCCAUCUUUCCCUUUUCUGCCCCUGCCCCAAACAAAACCAAUCCUGAGAGUCUCCCAGACCUUUCCUAUAAUUGUUCUUCCCCUCCCUCCUUUUUAUUGCUUAUGAUAUAUCACAAUAAAC